GCCGAGACUGCGACUGCGCGACCUUCGAGCGUAGCGAAGGGUCGCGAAAAACUCCCGCUUUUCAUUCGCGCCCGUAGCACUGCGAUCAGCUGUUCAGCGCCGUCGAAAAAACACCGCAGCGCUGUCCCGUCCAGCCCAAAAAAAGAAAACUCAAUUGCAGCGUCCAGCAAGGAGAAGCUAGCGACAAACCCGAUGUCGUGCCCUACGACCGAUCAUGAGCGACGAAAGCAGAUCAGUGUCCGAGGCAUCGCUCAGGUCGAAAACGUUGCCAACGUGAAAAAGGCAUUCAACCGGCACGUCCACUACACUCUGGUCAAGGAUCGCAACGUGGCUACUCCGAGGGACUACUUCUUUGCCCUGGCCUACACCGUCAAAGACCAUCUGGUUGGCCGAUGGAUCCGCACCCAGCAACACUACUACGAGAAGGACCCCAAGAGGGUGUACUACCUCUCCCUGGAAUACUACAUGGGCCGUUCGCUCACCAACACCAUGGUGAACCUGGGCCUCCAGAACGCCUGCGAUGAGGCCCUCUAUCAGCUGGGUUUGGACAUUGAAGAACUGGAGGAGCUCGAGGAGGAUGCCGGUCUGGGCAACGGCGGCCUCGGUCGUCUGGCGGCCUGUUUCCUCGAUUCCAUGGCCACCCUGGGCCUGGCGGCCUACGGAUACGGCAUUCGCUACGAGUACGGCAUCUUCACGCAGAAGAUCACCAACGGAGAGCAGACCGAAGUGCCAGACGACUGGCUUCGCUUCGGCAACCCAUGGGAAAAGGCUCGGCCAGAGUACAUGAUUCCCGUCAACUUCUAUGGUCGCGUUGAGAAGACUGACAAGGGCUUCAAGUGGGUUGAUUCGCAGGUCGUGUUUGCCAUGCCCUACGACAACCCCAUUCCUGGAUUCCGCAACAACGUCGUCAACACCAUGAGGCUCUGGUCUUGCAAGUCUCCUAUAAACUUCAACCUUCGCUUCUUCAACAACGGAGACUACAUUCAGGCCGUCCUAGACCGGAACCUGGCAGAGAACAUUUCCAGGGUGCUCUACCCGAACGACAACAUGUUCGAGGGCAAGGAGCUUCGGCUGAAGCAGGAGUAUUUCAUGGUGGCAGCGACACUGCAGGACAUCCUUCGCCGCUACAAGUCAUCCAAGUUUGGCAAGACCAGCGUGGUGCGCACCCAAAUGGACGAGUUCCCUCAAAAGGUGGCCAUCCAGCUCAACGACACGCAUCCGUCGCUGGCCAUCCCCGAGCUCAUCCGCAUCUUCGUCGACAUUGAGGGCCUCGACUUCGACAAGGCUGUCGACCUGACGACCAAGACGUGUGCCUACACAAACCACACAGUGUUGCCGGAGGCCCUGGAGCGUUGGCCUUGCUCCAUGCUGCAGAACAUGCUUCCGCGUCACCUGCAGAUCAUCUACGAGGUCAACGCCCGUUUCCUCGCCGAAGUGUCCAAGAAGUUCCCAGGGGACAACGACCGGCUGCGGCGGAUGUCGAUGGUCGAGGAAGAAGGCGAGAAGCGAAUCAACAUGGCCCACCUGUCCAUCGUGUGCUCUCAUAAGAUCAACGGCGUGGCGCAGAUCCACUCGGAUAUUCUCAAGAAGCACUUGUUCAAGGACUUCUAUGAGAUUCCUGAGCGCUUCUUGAACAAGACCAAUGGCAUUACUCCGCGUCGAUGGCUGCUGCUCUGCAACCCGAGCCUGGCCGAUCUCAUCGCCGAUAAAAUCGGCGAGGACUGGAUCGUCCAUCUGGAACAGCUGCAGAAGCUGAAGCCACUGGUCAACGACAAGGCAUUCCUGCGCGACCUGCAGAAAGUGAAGCAGGAAAACAAGAUGCGGCUGUGCGAAUACCUGCACAAGUUGACGGGUAUCAAGCUCAACCCGGCUUCCAUGUUCGACAUGCAAGUGAAGCGGAUUCACGAGUACAAGCGGCAGCUGCUCAACUGCCUGCACAUCAUCUGCCUGUACAACCGCAUCAAGGCUGACCCGUCAGCACCCUUCGUUCCUCGCACCAUCAUGAUUGGUGGAAAGGCAGCUCCAGGCUACCACAUAGCGAAGCAGAUCAUCAAGCUGAUCAUUGCGGUGGGCAAUGUGGUGAAUCACGACCCCGUGGUCGGGGAUAAGCUGAAGGUCAUCUUCCUGGAGAACUACCGCGUCACCCUGGCCGAGAAGAUCAUCCCGGCCGCCGACCUCAGUGAACAGAUCUCCACAGCCGGCACGGAGGCCUCGGGAACCGGAAACAUGAAGUUCAUGCUGAAUGGCGCACUGACCAUCGGCACCCUCGACGGAGCCAAUGUUGAGAUGCGAGAGGAGAUGGGACCCGAGAAUAUCUUCAUCUUUGGAAUGAACGUGGAGGAAGUCGAAGAGCUCCAGAGGAAGGGAUACAAUGCCUGGGACUACUACAACAGGCUGCCGGAAGCGAAGAAGGCCAUUGACCAGAUCAACAGUGGUUUCUUUAGCCCAUCCAACCCUAACCUCUUCCAUGACCUCACCAAUGUGCUGCUCAACCACGACAGGUUCUUCCUGCUGGCCGACUUCGAGUCGUACAUGAAGUGCCAGGAGCGGGUGUCAGCCAUGUACACGAACCAGGAGGAGUGGACCAAGAUGGCGCUGCUCAACAUUGCCUCGUCGGGCAAGUUCUCAAGCGACCGAACCAUCUGCGAGUACGCCCGCGAGAUCUGGGGCGUCGAGCCGACCUGGGAGAAGCUGCCCGCCCCGCACGAGACCCGAGGGGACGAGGACGAGAAGAAGUAGAGAAAGAAAAAAAAAGAUGGCGGCCAGACGUGGGACAUUGGCGACGAAGAAGAGAGACAACUGCCCGCCGACCACAAGCACACACCGCUGCUGCUUCUCGAAGCCAACCGACAGACCCAACCCCACCGACAUUUGCACUAGCUGUCCUAUCAAACCACCGCUGUUUUCGAAGUCCGUGGGCUUGAGGAUUCCAUUCCUUAGAACUAAGAAAAAAAAUUAAUUUAAUGCAACCCUCGUAAUGCAGCAGGCUCCACCAAAAGAUUUUUUAAUAGUGAAGCUAUUAAGCCAGCCGUUAAAUGUCAACCCUGCCACAAUACUAUCAUGAUCGUGAACGGGUAUGUGCCACAGAAUUUGGGCAAAUCCCACCGCUACAGCGUGGCCUGUAAUAACCCGGACGGGUGACAGAACGAGUACAGAGAGAGAUAAAGAAAGAAAGAGAUAAACAGAGAGACUGAAAUAAAGAUAUAAAGAAAGAGAAAGAAAAAGUCUUGCCAAAAAGUUCUUCACGAGGCGGGAUAGCCUGGCUGUGCCCGAUCGUGUCCAGAGAGUCAUGGGGCGUCCUAAGAAAGUGCAUACUCCCGAGGAGGAAGCCGCACAUCUCGAAGCUAGAAGUGUCGGUCGACGGGGAGUACGAGCGGCGACGGACCCGUGCUUCGCUUGCACGACUUAGUGCAAACUUUAAAAUUUUUGUCGUUCACUCUUUAAGCGAAAGUUUGCGCCCUUUGGUGUGUGUCUUCUCGAAGUAAUAAGUGUGUUUACUUUCUUAAAAGCUCUGCAACUGCUACAUUCCCAUUGAGAAUAUGCUGAUAACGUGCACGACAUUUGCAAUCUGGAAUUACAGCGGUCAUGCAGUGUUAAAGGAAAGUAGUACUGUUUGGUGAAGAGGUAUGCGUCAAAGGGCAUGUAUUCCUAGCAUGAUUUGAAUGAGAUGGUUUCACUGAAAGGUGGAGACUCUUAUCAAUGGAGCAUGAAACAAUCAAGGUUUUUCAGAGCCGUUCCUUCGUUGGGGCUUUAUCAGUGUUGAAUACACAAGACCUCGCUAUGAAAUGUUGACUACGGAGAUGCCCCUUGUCCAAACUCCAUUGAUAACUUUUGUGUUGAAGAGAUUGCGAAACUGCCUCUUGAGAGAGUGGCAAGCGAUGUGCAAUUCUUGCGGGAACGCAAUAGGCGUGGGAUUUUCAAGUGUAGUCAAUCGGUGCGAGUGAGGAUUUGCUGGUGCAAGUUGAGAAAGUUAUUGAUUUGGUGCGUGUAAUGAACCUGCGCAUAUGAAAAGAGCAUUGUCUCGUCUGUAACAGUUCGUUUGCAUUAUAAGUUCCUUUUACGAGGAUUUUGGGAAAGAAAGAGGGAGCGCGAAAGGUGGCUCUGACCGCUUUCUGUGGGUGACAAACGUUCCAGCUGUAGAUUGUCCUAGUUGGUUGCUUAAAGCAUUUUUCGGUGCCGGUGAAACGUUCAGAAACGAUGAUCUCUAGUCUUAGCGUACCACAAACAUUUGAUAGCUCGGCAUUAUGGCGCAGAGCUCAAGAACGGCUUCAGGCUGAGAAGUCAAGUGCAGUCCGCUAACUACUAUCGCAAGAUAGAACGGUCCAGUUUUCUAGACUAUAAAACAAGGCCCUGCUUAAGCAUGCAACGGAACUAUAGUGUCAAGUGGCAGACUAGAAAUGCAGUGGCUAUAAUCUUUUAUCGUAUUUAGUACGUAGUGUAGGUAAGCUUGUUUGUGCAAGCUCUUGUUCAGUGCUUGACCGUAACAUCAAGACUGCAGUAGUCAAGACAAUCCGUUAAAUUAAUAGUUACCGGUGAAAGGAAUACAGGGAAUGUUCCAUUUGCAGAAUGCACAAUAAACACGUGAGAAUGACUUCCAAGUUGAGUGCUAGUCUCCUCACUGUAUGAAGUGGGCUGUGAUGCACCGAAAGUUUGGUUGAGUCGUCGAGAGGCACAUGACGUACGGUGCCAAGCCAAAUGUGCGUGUGAGAUUAUGAAAAGCUUGCUCAGUGCUGCCUGCAAUAUCCCAAGUCAUCCUUCACGGUGACUGAAACCCACGAUUCACAUGCCAGAAAAGAAUUUUCAAUUGCUAAGAAUAUCUUGCUUCUUGACUGUUGAGCUAAAUUGGCCAUAACCAGUAAUGGAGCUAUGUAGUGAACGUUGAUCGCAAACAUCUUGUGCCUGCUUUUAGAUGUCUCGCACAAGUAUUGGAUGUUUCAAACCCCUCAACUGUUCGGAAACUGCGUUUGCCGUAGCUUUGAACAAGUGACCAGUAACAUAGUGGCCAGUCCUUGCGGGUGCGAGUCACUGGUUUCGCUUCCGUUCGACUGUACUCGUAGCUUCACGAGAGGCACCCAAAAGAAAAAGCGAUACGAACAAGCAUUUUGAGAAGUGGGCAAUCCCACAGAUGGGACAACUUGGGAUAUUGGUAGGCUUUAAUGUUUACUCUUUUUUUUUUUUCUUGCGCAGUGUGCCUACACUGCUACAAUGUGGCUGCCACAUUCUGCUUGUGAUAGUGAUCGUUGCACCUUAAGCGCAAGUCUUGUUAUCACAUUGAUAAAAUUGAAGUUCCUUUUGGCAGUUUGAGGACUGGGAAAGGCUGGAGUGGUUGGUAUGGGAACCUGCAGGAUCUAUUAUAGACCACUCCUGUUAUGUUAAACCUGAUUAUAUGCUAUAAUCUUCUUUUUUUUUGUUUGUAUAUAAUAGGCAAAGCGCAGCAUGAAAUAUUGAUGCCGAAAGUUCAUCGGAGAUAGUCUGCAAAACUAAACCCUCACAAUUAGACACAGAUUGCAUAACUACGCUUUUCUUUCUGCAUUUCGAAAAAGUGAUUAGGAAAAGGGACAGCUCAUGAAACUUGCGUUGAAAGUGUUUGGACUACUGGCUCAAAACUGCAGAACUACUUCAGUAGAUCGCACUGUGGCAUUUCAUUUGUGUUCCCCGUGAUGGAAGCCGACAGUUCUGACGUCUUAAGACGCGAGCAGCAGUGAAUGUUUUCGAUUUGCGGGCAGCUGCCUAUAGCCACGGGACGCCAGUCGCACAGAGCCUCAUCCAAAGAGACCCGCUCGGAUUGCGGUUAUCUUUCAACAGUUUGCAUCCUCGACGGAUAACUGGUGCCGAGUCAUCGUCUCUCGUGUCGAAAGCGUGUUUCAAACUGCCCACAUGUGAUCCUACUCGUGUCUGCCACAUUGUUUUUCUAGAGACCGCUUUUUAUCCCUCCCUGCAAGGCCGCGACAUCAUACUCUGUUUUUAACGCAACUUCCCUUGUUUUGUUUGUUCCUUAUUUUUUCUUUGCUUCUGCUGUUGUAUUUAAGCUCUUGUUACAGUCUUUCAAACUCGCUUAUCCUUUUUUUCCAUUGUUGAUUUGCCAUUUGUGUGGAGUGUUGUGUUGCGCGUCGUUCAUAUCCUUUAGGUAGCAAUAAAUUUUUCGAGGCCUUUCACAAUAGCCUGCAUAUUGCGCCGAAACCGCCGAAGUCCUGUCCACCAAGAGGUCUGGCCGCGGUUUCCCAAAUGGUUUUCCUCCCAGUUUCUCGCCAUGGCUCGGAACAUCUAAAUAUAUAUGCACCAGGUGCUUUGUUCUAAAGCAGCCAUGGUUACGGAUACACUUCAGGUAAAAAAAAUGAAGACUGAAAAAUUUAUUGGUGUUGUUUCGUGCAAACAUUGCAAACUGUUCCUGUUAGAGUAUGUGUUGUAGAUGUUUGCAACGUGCCACAGUUAUGUUGAAAUGUGGCAGUCGCACGAAUGUUCACACUAACGAAUGAAUAAAGACAUGUUGAAACCUUGAA